AUGACCCUGCAGGCGCCAGGUGAGGUGGACAAGGUGUACUUCCCUCUCCAGAGCCCCCAGCCCCUGGCGGCCUACUACGCACCUUUCCCCGGCUACGGCCCGUACCUGAGCGCCUUGGGCGCCGAGGAGGAUCCCGUCCAGCCUUUCCCUCCGCUGUCCGCGUCCCAGACCGUGGCCUCCCUGAACCCCUUCGCCGUGGCACCUCCCUUGCUGAGUCCGGGCCUGGCUGAGCCGCUCUAUAGUGUGCCCUGGUACAACAAGCUGUCACCGUGGUACCCGCUUCCUCACAUCCCCCGGGAGAUGCCACACUUGGUGAGCAGUCCGGAUUAUCCGCGCGGCAGCCCCGGCAGCAGAGACGUGGUUCCCGUGGGUAACUCGAGCCACGGUGGCCUGCAGUGGGAACCUGAAACUUUAUUUCUGCCGCCCCCAUCGCACUUCAUACCGGCCCCCCAACUUCUGAACGGAGAGGAGAAGUUGCCUGGUGGUCGUCGUUUCGACUUCACCGAGGAGGACCUGCGCUUCGUUCUCUAUGGGGUCGUCGCCAACCUGGAGCACCCAGCCCGCCUGCAGCAUGCCGUUUCGGGAGUCCUUGUCCCCUUCGACUGCUCGGGGUCUAAACAUGUUCCUCCAACUCUGGAUAAAGACUCCCUCCAGCUUCCAGAAGGCCUCUGUCUCAUGCAGACCAUGUUUGGGGAAGCUCCACACUUGGGUGUGUUCUGCUGCAGUUUCAUUGCCAAAGGAAUCAGGUUUGGACCCUUUCAAGGUAAAGUGGUCAACGCCAGUGAAGUGAAGACUCACCGAGACAAUUCUAGGAUGUGGGAGAUCUUUGAAGAUGGUCACCUGAGCCACUUUAUAGAUGGAAAAGGCUCAGGCAACUGGAUGUCCUAUGUUAACUGUGCCCGCUUCCCCAAAGAGCAGAACCUGGUUGCUGUGCAGUUUCAAGGGCAGAUAUUUUAUGAGAGCUGCAAGGAGGUCUACGAGAACCAAGAGCUCCUUGUGUGGUACGGAAGCUGCUAUGAGAAGUUUCUGGACAUUCCCACGAGCCUCCAGAUCAUGGAGCGGGGCAAGCAGCUGUCUGGGCCAUCUGAUGAGUCAGCGGAAGGUUACCGAUGUGAGCGCUGUGGCAAGGUGUUCACCUACAGCUAUUACAGAGACAAGCACCUCAAGUACACGCCCUGUGUGGACAAGGGGGACAGGAAAUUCCCAUGUUCUCUCUGCAAACGCUCCUUCGAGAAGCGUGACCGGCUCCGGAUCCACAUCCUCCACGUCCACGAGAAGCACCGGCCGUACCUGUGCUCUAUAUGUGGGAAAUGUUUCUCUCAGUCCUCCAGCCUGAACAAGCACAUGCGAGUCCACUCUGGCGACAGGCCAUACCAGUGUGUGUACUGUACAAAGAAGUUCACUGCCUCCAGCAUCCUCCGCACACACAUUAGACAGCACUCAGGGGAGAAGCCCUUCAAGUGCAAGUACUGUGGAAAGUCCUUCGCAUCCCAUGCUGCCCACGACAGUCACGUCCGACGUUCGCACAAGGAGGGUGACUGUCUCACCUGCAGCACUUGUGGGAAAAGCUUCCUGGGCCAAGAGGAUUUCUAUUCCCACAUGAAGUUUCACAAAGACUGCUAG